GGAACAAAUCUGAGCCACGGAGUACACAGACGAUCGGUCGAGUUUUAAUUUGCAGUGAAGCUUGUUAACCUUGCAUCAUGACGCUUAGACUCCUUGCCGAAGUGAGCCCACAGGACUUGCUCGUAGCUCUUUCCGAGCUCCAAACCCAUGUGCUCAGUUACAUCAAGUCCAUGGCUCUCAAGUGUGCAGUGGAUCUCUCCAUCCACGACACUAUCCACCGCCAUGGCGGUGCCGCAACCCUAGCCGACAUCGCAGCCGACGCCAAGAUACACCCAGCCAAGGUGCCGGACCUCCAGCGCGUGAUGGAACUACUCGCCGCUACGGGCAUCUUCACUGCCACUGCCAGUAAAAAAGACGACGGCAGUGCUGAAACCGUGUACGGAUUAACCACGGCGUGCCGCUUCCUCGUCGGACAUCGCAACCUGUCCCCUAUGGUGCCCUUCUUGGUGAGUCCUCUCGUCGUGUCCUCCUUCUUCAGCUUGUCUGACUGGCUACGGAAGGAGCCGGCUGCUGCCGGCGCCGGCGGUGCCGGGUCACUCUUCGAGCUGGCGCAUGGAUGCUCCCAUAGGGAGAUGGCGAAGCAGGAUGCCGCGUUUAGCAGCGUUGUGAACGACUCUAUGGCGGCUGAUAGCCAGCUGUUCCUCGAGGUUGUUAUUAUGGACAAGGGCCGUAUCUUUCGCGGGCUGAGCUCGCUGGUCGACGUCGGCGGCGGCCAUGGCGCCGCCGCGCAGGUCAUCGCGAGGGCGUUUCCACGCAUUAAGUGCAUGGUGCUGGACCUUCCUCACGUCGUCAACGAGGCCACUGCUAGUGAUGGUAACAUGCAUUUCAUUGCAGGGGACAUGUUUGAGUCCAUUCCACCUGCUGACGCUGUCUUACUCAAGAACAUUUUACAUGAAUGGGGUGAUGAAAAUUGCGUCAAGAUACUUCAACGUUGCAAGCAAGCUAUUCCUUCUAGAACUGCAGGAGGAAAGGUGAUAAUCAUAGAGAUGGUGAGAGGAUCAUCACAGGGAGAUAGCAAAAUAAACGAGAUGGAAGUUAUACGGAACAUGUUCAUGUUGUGUAUCAACGGGGUGGAACGAGACAUAAAUGAAUGGAAGAAGAUCUUUUCUGAUGCUGGAUUCAGUGACGAUUACAAAAUCAUGCCAGUGUUGGGCCCCUUUUCAGUAAUCGAGAUCUACCCAUGAAUAAUGCUUGAACUACGGUAUUACUAUACAAGGCAGAGUUACCAUGUUGUCUGAGUUAGCAGCAGGAUAGGAUGCAUGCAUCUGUUGUCAUCCUUUCUGCUCUUGGGGUAUAAAUAUGAUAUAUAUGUAAUAUGUGUCACCCAUAUAUUAAGCAUAUAGUUGUUCCUUGCAGCUGGUUUGUAACUUUAUUUUAAUGGAUAUAAAUAAUAUAUCAUGUUGUCAUUGUUGUAUGAAA